AUAUAUUUCCACUUUUUUCAGAAAGCUUUUUCGGUCGCUGUUAGCAAUUAUAGCUUCUCAAUCUCUCUCUCUCGCUGUGUGAGCGCAUUUCCCAGAUCCAAUCUGACGCCUUCGCCAUUAUCGUCGUCCUCAUCAACGUCCAUUUUAGACCCCCAAUGCGGUGUUCUCGUGCUUGAUCUCUCACAAGACAAAUCCGGAUCCAAUGUGCAUUUUGCUGCCGGUUUUCUUGUUGUAUAGCUGCGUGCUAAGAAGCCUCGUGCCGGCUAAAUCCCUGUUUGGUUUCUGUUGCCGCCCUUUGGCCUGCGGCCUCUAAUGAUUGUCGGGCUCGAGUCAAGUUUCCCUUUUUAUGAUUCAGCCGAUAUGUCAAUUGAGUGAUGUCGUCGAUGCAUAUUCGCUUUAGAUGUGCGUAGCCGGAUUGCAUUCACUUGAUCCUUUACCCUCGAUUUAAUGGAGAAGCAGCUACACGUGGUGUCUUUUACUGAUUGUGCUAGCAGGGCUGAGGCCUGUAAAUCGUGUAGCCAUGUCAAGGAGGCAAGUGGGCUCUACACGUAGGUUUGUAGAUACUGGAAGCUUCCCAUUUGCAGGAUCUUUACAUUCAAAGUCCCGAUCUUCCCCGCUGUUGUCCAUUGGCCUAAUUCUUGUGGGAGCAGUUCUGCUCAUUUGCCUUGCUUAUGGUGGCUCAGGCAUAUUUGGGGGUAAUAAAAAUGCAGUUACCAAGGUUGAAGGUGACUUCUUGUGUACAUCGGAAGUACAGAGAGCCAUUCCUCUUCUGAAGAAAGCAUAUGGUGACAGUAUGCGAAAGGUUUUGCAUGUGGGUCCUGAUUCUUGUUCAGUGGUUUCUAAACUGUUGCAAGAAGAAGAAACUGAAGCUUGGGGUGUGGAACCAUAUGAUAUAGAAGAUGCUGAUGCAAGCUGCAAAUCCCUUGUUCGUAAGGGACUCGUACGUGUUGCUGAUAUUAAGUUUCCUCUCCCAUACAGGCCAAAGUCUUUUUCCCUCGUAGUUGUAUCAGAUGCUUUGGACUAUUUAUCUCCAAAGUAUUUGAACAAGACUCUUCCUGACUUGGCAAGGGUUUCAACUGAUGGUAUCGUAGUUUUUACAGGGUUCCCUGGUCGACAAAGAGCUAAAGUUGCAGAAUUGUCUAAAUUUGGACGACCGGCAAAAAUGCGGAGCUCGUCCUGGUGGAUACGCUUCUUCUUGCAGAUGAGCUUGGAAGAGAACGAAAGCGCUGGUAAGAAGUUUGAGCAAGCGGCUUCCAAGAAGUCAUACGAGCCGAACUGCCAAAUUUUUCACCUCAAAUCGUACCACUGAUUUCGCAACAUCAUCGGAUCAGCCUGUCAACUAUAAAGUUGCCUUCGUUCCCGGAUGAAACAACUUGCUCUUUGGUUUACGGAUUGAGCAGUAUAGAUGAAUCCAUGUAACUUGAUGCUCUGUUCCUUUAGCACAAACCCUUCUUAUCUUUAUAGUGAUUAAUUCAUUCAUCAUAUUCACUUCACAGUACGUUCAUGUAUUUCAGUAUUCGGUUUCAAAUGACAUGUUUUUGUUCCACUUU